AUGUCUUUAUUAAUUCUUUCUUUUGAUUUAUCAUCAGAUAAAAUUGGUACAUAUCUUCAUAAUAUUUUAAAUUCUUCAUUAUCAUCAAAUUAUCCUCAUAUAGCUUCAUUUUGUUCAUCUAAUCAAUUAUUUUCUUCUACAACAAAUGAUUAUGAAAAAAUUUUUCAUAAUUCUUUAAAAGAAGAUUUUCUUUCUUAUAAUGAUCUACUUGGUUUUAUUAUUCUUAUUGAUAUUGCAACAACAAAUAAAUUACAUCUUAAAAAUCUUUCAUAUAUAGAAUCAUUACUUUUAUAUCUUAAUAAAAAACAUCCAUUUCAACAAAUUCUUACAUUUAUUAUUCAUGCAAAUUCAACAAAUCAAUUAUAUACAUCAUCAUUAACUUGUUUUAAUUUAAAUUUAAUAUUAUAUUAUAUUUAUUCAUAUGUUCAUGGAAUUAUUUUUAAUAAUAUUGAUGAUAUAAAUGUUUAUCAAACAUAUCAUACAAUAAUUGCUUUACAAAUAGCUUCAAUUUUUCUUCCUAUUUCAUCAUUACGUGAAGAUAAAAAACGAAUAAAUAAAAGUGUUUGUAUUGAAUUUUUACAAUUUAUUCAACAUUUACUUAGUAAUCCUAAUAAAAAAAUUUUAAUUAUGUUAAAUAAUAAUAUUAAAAAAUUUUUAAAUAAAUCAUCUUAUGCAACAUUACUUAUACAACGUGGAAAACCUUCAUUAUUAACAAAUGAUAUUAAAUUAAAUAAUUUUGAUAUAUGGAAUUCAUUAGAAAUAAAUAAUGAACAAUUACAAAUAAUUUUAAUUAUAAAUAAUGAUCAAUUUAAUAAUGAUUUACUUGAAAAAUUAAUUUUACAACCAUAUAAUAAAAAAAUGAAUAUGAAUAAAGCUUAUUUAUAUUGUUUACGAAAAAAAUUUGAUAUUAAUAAUAUUGAAGAACAAUUAAAUAAAGGAAUUCAAUUAUGUGAAUAUAUUAUUUUAGAAAAAUAA